AUGGGACAGCCUGCAAAAGAGCUUGCCAAACUGCUGGGUUCCGAGGCUUCAGUUCUGCGAUUGUUGGGCCUCUGGCGUCCGCAGGAGCACGGGGGCCACGUAGUGCCUACAGUACUCGCUGCCGUCACCCUGGCCUCUGCCUGCUUCCUACCUGCCGGAGUCGUGCUGAAGUUGUGCGGCGAUUUUCCAGAACAAAUAGAGGAGAUGGCGCACUGCUGCUAUAUCUUCAUUGUCUGCUUUGGGUCCAUCGUUAAGGCUGUCCUCUUCAUUGUGGAGGGAGGCACUUUACGUGAGCUGGUGCAGCUAAUGUACAACAUGCGGACCCAUUACGGUGCCGACGAAGGCAGUGAAAACAUCCGCAGCUGCUACCAGGACAACGUAGACCGCAUGUAUCGUUACUUCCAGGUAAUGGCCCUGCUCCCGACGCUCUACUGGAUAUGCUCUCCACUGGUGUUCGGCGCUGAGACGAGUGCCGCGCUGGACGCGCAAGACAACCAGCGCCAGCUUCCCCUACCCUUCUGGCUCCCUUCUGGCGUCAACUCGUCGCCCACGUAUCAACUGUUAUACGUAAUCCAAGCCUUCAGUCUCACUGUCACAGUAGAAUCGGCAAUAUGUUUGGAUGUAUUCUUCAUUCGCCUCAUGAUGAUGGUUGCAGCUGAGCUUCAAGUCUUAAACGAGAACAUUUCAGCUAUCGACUGUGAUCAGGCUAAUGGACGUGAGGACCAAGAAUACGAUUCACUGAUACCCCGUGACGACCGUGCCCCUCAAUUUACAGAGAAAUAUCCAGAGAAUUUUUCAGACGACGAAAUAUUUUCACGGCUGUUGAAGAACAUUCAUCAUCAUCAGACGAUUCUCAGAUGUAUCUGGCUGUUACAGACUGCAAUGAAUGUGUCCAUCUUCAUUCUCCUCUUUGUCAACAUGGCGAACUUGUGUUUCAAUAUGUUUGUUACUGCAGGACUGUUACAAGACGGGAGAAACGUGACGAAGGCGGUGACGGCGCUUUCGACAGUGCCGGGCCUGCUGCUGCAGACAGCGAUGUACUGUCUUUUCGGCCAAAUCACAACCGAUCAGAGUGAGAAACUGUCAGACUCGGCCUACUGUUGUGGAUGGGAUGAGCGCGACACUCGUUUCAAACGUAACCUACUAAUCUUCAUGCUGAUGGUGGGGAGACCUGUGGAGAUCACAGUAGGCCAGACGUGCAAGCUGUCUAAGGAGAUGCUAUUGCAGGUCCUGAAUGGAACAUACGUCUUACUGAACAUGCUAUUCCAUGUCCACAGCGAUGACUAA